AUGAAUACUGCUUCUUUGAAUGUAUCAUCGAUUCUAAGACUGCAAAGCUUUGACCUCCCACCUAAAGGGGUGUAUGCUUCGUUUAUUUUUGCCACACUGAAUUACCUUGUAAUUCUCUUCUGUAACCUUUCCCUGAUGGCUACCAUUAUCAUGAAUAAGAGCCUCCACCAGCCUAUGUACCUCCUGCUCUUCAACCUGCCCGUCAAUGACCUCAUUGGCUCCUCGGCCCUCUUUCCACAGCUAAUCAAACAGAUCCUGCUGGACUCCGGUUACAUCGAGGUCUCCAACUGCAUCGUUCAGGCGUUUUUCAUCCACGUUUAUGGGGUUGGUAGCGUAUUUAUCCUGGUUGCCAUGGCCUAUGAUAGGUACAUGGCCAUAUGUAACCCACUGAAGUACAGCACCAUCAUGACUCACAGCCACAUCAUUAGAAUUAUUGCAUUAGUGUGGCUUAUGGAUCUGCUCUUGAUGGGUGUAUUGUUCUUCCUCCUACUACGGUUGCCACGUUGCAGAUCUUUAAUGUCACAUUCUUACUGCGACAAUCCCUCUCUUCUCAGACUAGUCUGUGCAGACACCACCAUCAACAACAUUUAUGGACUGUGCCUGCUUGCCAGCAUGCAAGUGUUUUCUGUGGGUAUGAUUAUCUUCACAUACCUUCAGAUUUUGUACGCGUGUUUUAAAAGCAAACGCCCUGACACAAAGAGCAAAGCUGUGCAGACCUGUGCAACUCAUUUAACCGUCUUUCUCCUGUUAGAGUGUUUAGGACUCUUCACAAUUAUCUCAUAUCGCAUAAAGCAUCUCUCUCCUCAUUCAAGGAGGAUGAUAGGAGUUUCCACCUUGAUAUUUCCCCCUACUCUGAACCCAAUAAUAUAUGGCCUUAAAACAAAGGAAAUCCGACAGAGGAUUACAUUGCCAUUCCGAAAAAUGGUGAGAGCAAUCCAAGAGGUAGGGCAGGAUUGGGGCUCAGAGGAGGAGAAGAUCGGAACAGGAUCAGGCAAGGAACAGGAUCAGGCAGGAAACAGGACAGGAGCGGACAUGAACCAGGAACUGGGAAAGAGACGUGAGGAAGCAGGACACAAGCAUGAAGGCAAGGAACAAGGCAAUCUGGCCCCAAACUGA